GCGAGCGCUGCCCGCCGCCACCGCCGUCGCGUUCGCCUCGGCCGCUGCCGCCCGCCGCCGAGAACCCCGCCGCCGCCACUGCCGCCGCCGCCGCCACCGCCGCAGCCGCCGCCUCGCCGCCCGCCAUGUGCGAGAAGGAGAAGCCGUGUAGCGCCGAUGCGCGGCCAGCCGGCGCUGCCGAUGCCGCCGCGUCGCCACCUCGCGACGGUGCUGCGUCGAUUGCGGACGCCCCGCCGCUGCCACCGCCACCGCCACCGCCGCCCCUCUCGAUCGCCAAAGGGCACGCCGAUGAGGGCCCGAGGCUGCGACGGGCGGUUGCAGAGGCGGAACGCGCCCCAUCGGCAUCCCUGACGCCCGACGCGGCGGAGGCGCUUGCUCGCCUCGAGGGUGCGGGGGACGUGAGGCGGCCCGCGGCGUCAGACAUCACACCCGCGGCCAUGGACAACUUGGCGAGGGUGGGUGGCAACGGCGCUCCGAGGCCGUCGCUGCUGGCUCCACUCUGGAAGGCGUCCGCGAACCGGUCCGGCCGCUUCCUCAACGCGCCGCUGUGGAGCCACGCCCCCGCUGAUCCGGACUCGCGCCUCCAUCCGGCGCUCAAGGCCCGCCCAAGGCGCGAUCGCGGGUCGGUGCCGCGGCCACGCCUGCCCGGCGCGGCGACGGUGCUACACGACGAGGCACUCCACUCGGACGAGGAGGGUCGCAACUUGGCGGCCGUGUCCAUGCUCCCGUGGCUCCUCCUGUGCGGCGGGAU